AUGUCGACUGGAUUGGCACUGCCCUCGGGUCCCAAGGCUACGUCGUUGUCGCUGCCGACACGGCCAACGGCGGGGACGAGUGCGAGCACGACUGCGGGUGUAGCGGGUGCGGGUGCGGGUACCGAGUCAGCAGCAGGCCCGAAGGACGCAUCGACGAGCAAAGACUCGACAGCGGUGGCAGUUGCAUCGACGGCAGGUGCAGAGGCGAAUGCCGUCAUCCCUGGAGUCCAUGGCAUUGUGCCUACACUUCAGUAAGUUGUCGCUUUGGGCUCCUCUCGAUGGUGUAGAGCGCGCACGGUUGGCCCGCCUGCCCGCUGGGCCGAGCGCGGCUGUGACGGAUGCGCAUCGCCCACGCUCGGCCGCGGCCAGGUGUGCUGGUCCGGCCUUUGUUGGGCCAUGGCGGCAGUUGCGUGAGGGCGCACGCGCAUCGGAAGGGGCGGGGGAAACGAAGCACAGGAUGCAUCUUGGCAGACAGAGGCACCUCAAAUAUUGUUUCAACAUAUUGCGAGGUUGACACCUAUCAUUUUCUCUUCCCUUUCGUUUCUUUCCGUUGGGUUCUGUCUGGCUGGGUCUGGUUUGUCAUGCGAUUAGAAACAUCGUCUCGACCGUCAAUCUCGAUUGCCGGCUCGAUCUCAAGACGAUUGCUCUGCAUGCGCGGAACGCCGAGUACAGUCCCAAGGUGAGUCGCGAGUAGCGAUUAUUGCCCCGACGUAUGGCAUCUCAGAAGCUGACCCUCCGUCCGUCGUGCCUCAGCGAUUUGCCGCUGUGAUCAUGCGAAUCCGAGAACCCAAGACAACAGCACUCGUGUUUGCCUCGGGCAAGGUCGUGGUCACCGGUGCCAAGUCGGAAGACGACUCGCGACUGGCCGCACGAAAGUACGCGCGUAUUAUCCAGAAGCUCGGGUUCGAGGCCAAGUUUCAAGACUUCAAGAUCCAGAACAUUGUCGGGUCGUGUGACGUCAAAUUCCCGAUCCGACUCGAAGGGCUCGCGUUCGCGCACGGCCACUUCUCGUCGUACGAACCCGAGCUGUUCCCCGGUCUGAUCUACCGCAUGGUCAAGCCUAAGGUUGUGCUGUUGAUUUUCGUGUCGGGCAAGAUCGUGUUGACCGGUGCCAAGUUCCGAGAAGAGAUCUACGCCGCGUUCGCCAACAUCUAUCCUGUGCUGAGCGAAUUCCGCAAGCUCGGGUGAUCUCGGUCUACUGGUCUCUAUUUCUGUGCCUCUCCCUCUCGUUUUACCACCCAUUUGCUUUCACCUGGCGACCCUCGCAUUUUUCUCCGCACGGGUUCUUCUCUUGUUACCAAAACACCCCAAUCCACCCGCCCCUAGGCCUCACCUAGUUGUGCUUGUACUUCGUAAUCUCUCUCCUCUGCCUUUUUCUUUUUUCUUUUCUUUUUCUUCUUUUGGCUAAAGAGCACAGUCUCAAGUGAUCUCUCAACAAAGAUUUGCAAUCUCACCAGGGUGCUCGAGAAACGAUCGGGUCCGGGGCAGAGCGCUCAUGUUUUGUCUCGUGCCCCCCAUUCUCCCCUCCUCGAGAUUCGCUCAGACCGUGGAUCUGGACCCAGCGAUGGCAGUGGAUACUGCGGAGGACAGCUCCUUACUCUGGUCUACGUAUCGACCCGGUCUGUACUUUGGUCUCCGCCCUCUGCUCCCUCACGACUCCUUGCUCUAUGGCCUCCUCUGGUAUCGUGCCCCCACGUCGUCAUCACCCACCGACUCUUCCUCCUCACCAGCGCCACCCAAGGCCACCAAGCUCGAUACCAAGGAUGUCCGACAUGAAUGCACGCAAUCGCCUGGUCUGACGUACGAAUUCAAGAGACAUGAUCCACGAAUGGGGUGUCUGCAGACGAUCGCUGAUGACGAUCUGGGCAUAGCGAUGGAAGUGGGGUUCGCCAAGAGUCGUGACGGGAACGGGUGUGGCGUCAGGAUCGAGGGCAGAGUGUUACAAGCUGGUGCGUCAGCUUUAGGGCAGUACAUUUUUUCGGUCGAGAGGAUGUAUCAAAGUAUGAAUUUCCGGCCGCUUUGGUGUUGCAGAUGACGAACCCUUGGAUCGAGCGAGCCGUCCCGACCAGUUCGAGUUCAUCAAUUAUUUCGGCAGACUCGGAGCAAGGUCAGCUCGAGCUCAGGGAUGAUGCCCCAGAUGUACGUCCUCGUCGUUUUUCGAUGGAGAGUAUCUGUUCACUAUAGACACUAUAGAGGAACCGAAUCGGACCCACAGGGAACGGUCGUAAUCGCUGGAGAAAUGACCGGCCUCGGCAAAUUUGAGAUCCGAGUCCGAAGUGAUCACGGUAAGCGAAUCGGGAUGACCGGGCACAGGACGAGAGGUUCAAGUAUGUUGACCGAGAUAUGGCAUGAUUCGAAAAGGAAUCAUCUCCGCCAAAAAGUACGGCUUCAAGGUUGCCCCAGGCGAGAUAUGGAAAGCCAAAGGUGAAAGAUUGUUCCCUCGUCCGAUAUCUGAAUCAGUGGAUGGAGAAUUCAAAAGCUGAUCUUGUGCUGUUACAGACAUCAUCGUUGACGCGAUCAAUUCCCAAGUCCUGGAUGGCCACACCGUGGAGGUCGAGUCAACUCUUUAUGCCGUCCACACCACGGUCGACGGUUCAUGGACGAUCGACAUCUUCUUCAACUCGGACUCUGGCACCACACACAUGGACACCUCUUCCCUCACCGCACUCCUGGAUUCGAAUAGGCUACAAUUCCACAAUCGCUUUCGAUCUUGCUUUGAGCUCGAUCGAUUCGGCAACUUUGAAGCUUCCGAAGUCGCUUUCGCCCGGAGCACCCUGUCGAACCUCUUGGGCGGGAUAGGCUACUUUUAUGGCACUUCGAUCGUUGACCGCCAUUUCAAAUAUCCAUGGGACCGCGAGGAUGGCGAGGACAAGGGUGAAGCGAAAUCUCAUCCUGAAAUCGUACCGGCACAAACGCUGUUGACGGCAACCCCUUGCCGCAGUUUCUUCCCCCGAGGGUUCUAUUGGGACGAGGGCUUCCACUUGCUCUUAAUCAAUCGUUGGGAUCUAGACCUUGGAUUGAGGAUCAUCUCGAGCUGGGCGGAUCUGAUCGAUCAGGAUGGAUGGAUCGGAAGAGAGCAAAUCUUGGGUGAAGAGGCUCGAUCUAGGGUAGGUCUUGCUCGCUUGGUAGCACUCGGCGCUUGGCGCAACAGUGAGAGCACCGAUCAACUGACACCAUCCCGUGCGUUACGCUUACAGGUCCCAUGUGAGUUGGUGCCUCAACUGCCCGCGUAUGCGAAUCCGCCCACGCUCGUGAUGGCCGUCCGAGCGGCCUUGCAGCUCGUGCAACGAUCCGCCUCGACAUCGAGUUCGGACGACAUGAAGAGAACGCGUUCAUUCCUCACUUCAAUCUACCCCAAGCUCAAAUCGCACUAUGAAUCGUUCCGUCGGACGCAACGCGGGCAAAUUUCAGGCGUCAGAGGCCGACAAGCUCGGAACUCAGAGGAAGCUUGGAGAUGGAGGGGACAAAGUCUAAACCCUGACCUGCUGUUGACCUCUGGAUUGGACGAUUACCCUCGCGCCGAACCUCCGACUAGGAGUGACUUACAUGUGGAUCUGAUUUGUUGGAUGGCGACGUUUGCGGAGACGAUGAAGGAGUUGGCGGGUGCGUGUGGCGAGGUUGAGGAUCGGGUUAGGUUUGAGAAGGAGUUUGAGGAUGUGAAGGGUAAUAUCGAUGGUAAGUCAGCAGGACGAAGUCCUGCAGUAGAGUUCUAGAACAGAACUCUGACCAACAAUGCAUGCACAGAUCUUCAUUGGAGCGAGGAGCAUCAGCUGUACCUCGACACGACGGUGGACUCGCGGAGUGAGUCUCGAGCCCCGUGCGCAGCGAAGUCUCCACUGCGUGCAGCGAGCUGAUCCUAUGACGCGUUCCACAGAUAUCUCUGGAUUUGUCGUCGUACGAGGCUACGUAUGCCUCUUCCCUCUGCUCCUCUCCCUCAUCCCCGUCGACUCGCCCAAACUUGGAGCAACACUCGAGUUCAUGCGCGAUCCUCAAUACCCUGUGGUGCGAUUAUGGACUUCGGUCGCUGGCUCCAGGGGAGAAGUAUUAUGGCAAGGAUGAGGAUUAUUGGAGAGGUCCUAUUUGGAUCCCGAUUUGUUAUAUGGCGUUGAAGGCUUUGUUUACGGUACGCUGACUCAUCUGUGGUGGAAGCCGGGGAGGAACAGUUGAGAAGCUCAAUCCUUGUGCUUUUUGCAGACCUACGCGACAACUCCUGGCCCCUAUCAAGGCCGAGCUCAAAAAGUCUAUAUCGAGUUGCGUCAGAAUUUGAUUAAGAAUAUGUAGCGGGUCAGUCCCAAACACCUCCGGAGAUCCGGAUAAGAGAAAGCCAACAAUCUGACUGGAUUGCCGGUAUACGAAACAGGAGUACAAACGGACGGGCUUUGUGUUUGAGCAGUACAAUGACAAGACGGGCAAGGGCCAGCGGAGCUAUCCGUUCACUGGAUGGUCCAGUCUGAUCGUUUUGAGUAAGUCGGGCGUCGAUGAAGGACUGGGAUGUGUUCGCUCAUGUUAG